AUGAGACCGCAAGAUGCCGCUCCAGCGCGUUUCUAUGGUUUGCCAAAAAUCCACAAGCCAAAUGUCCCCCUACGACCCAUCGUAGCGCUGAAAGGCACACCUACCUACGGACUGGCUAAAUGGCUUACCAAGCACUUAAAGAAGCUGACGGAAGGAUCCGAACACACAGCCGCCUCCUCAACGCACUUCCUAGAAAAAGUCCGAGGCGUGACAAUAGCCCCCGAUGAGAUCAUGGUAUCCUUUGACGUCGUCUCUGUGUUCACCUCCAUCCCUAAGGAUUUGGCCAUGAGAGUCACCAGUGAGCUACUGGAACGAAAGUACGACGAUGAAGAAAAACCGUUUAAAAGGAAGCACGCGAUGGAGUUACUGGACUACUGCUUAUGCACGUAUUUCACUUUUAACGGCCAUACUGAUGAGCAAAUCCAGGGAACCCCGAUGGGAUCCCCGAUCUCCGGCUACCUGGCUGAGGCGGUACUACAGGAACUGGAAACUCAUGUAUUCCGGUCCUACAAGCCAAAAUUCUGGAUGCGCUAUGUGGACGAUACCUUUGUCGUCCUACACCGAGAUGCGAAGGAGGCCUUCAGAGGAGAAUUAAACUCCAUCUUCCCACAAAUCCAAUUCACAAUGGAGGAAGAAAAGGACGGAACGCUCUCUUUCCUCGACGUGCGGGUAACGAGGCAGGAAGAUGGAACCCUCCAGACCGGUGUUUUCCGAAAAGCUACAAACACAGAGAAAAUACUCCACUACAACAGCAACCAUCCGCUGUCGCAUAAACGCAGUUGCGUCCGGACACUUUUCCGCCGCAUCAACACGCACUGCAGCACAGAGGCCGAGAAGCUACAAGAGCGUGCGUCCCUGUGGCACCUCUUCCUUGUCAAUGGAUACCCACGUAGCUUCGUAAACAAAUGUCUGUUCCAAAGACACACAAAGACUGACGGUGAGGCGAACCAAAAACCUGAGGUACUCCGUGUCUUNGAUCACUUGAGAUUCGAACCCGGGAUCUUUGGUCAUGGAGUUGAACGCUCUACCAUUGAGCCACGGGCCCGUUGUCCUGUCGGUUGUGAUCGGGAAUAUUAA